AUGGAAGAUACAUAUUUAACUUUUUUAGAUAAAACAAGCAAUUAUAUAGAACCAAAUCAACGUUUAUUAGUAAAAUUUCCAAGUGAUUCUCUUCCAAAUUGGCUUCCUUUAUCUAUAAUUGAAAAAGUUAAAUCAUAUUAUUAUACAACCGAAAGUGAUGAACCAUUUAUUAUAGUUUUUUAUGAGUCAAAAAAACAAGAAAAAUGUUAUAAAACAUUUUUUUCUAGAAAAAUUAAAGUACCUGAAAGUGAUAUUAUAGAAGAAACAUGUGAAAUAUGGGAUUCUUUAGGAGAUUAUAUAGAUAUUAUUAAAAUUGUUGAAGAAUUAUCUAAUACAAACAAAAUUUCAGUGUAUAAAGUCUUAAUAGAAACAAAAGAAUAUCUAUGGAUCUUAGGGUGGAGAAACAAAGAAGGUCUAAUAGGUGUUCAUACAAUGGGGGUUUAUUCAUAA